ACGUCACUUAGCUUUGACAUUGACAUUCGGUCCAUCUCGACCUCCAUUCAUCCUUCAUACUAGUACAUAAAAGAUUUUAACUCCAUUUUCAACGAAAUUAACAGUAAAACGCUCUUUAUAGAGCUCCAAAAACAAUUAAACUAGUUUAAUAUUAUAGCAACAAAACUCCAAGGUGAAAAUGGCGUUGAAAUCUACACCGGUGCUGUUUGGUUUGUUAACUCGCUUGUCUCGUCGUACCUUUUCCACUUCAAAAGCCUUGGCUUCAAAGCCAGUGACCGUUCGUGAUGCCCUGAACCAAGCCUUAGACGAGGAAAUGGCAAGGGAUGAAACAGUGUUCCUUCUGGGUGAAGAAGUCGCUCAAUAUGAUGGUGCCUACAAAGUUAGCAGAGGGCUAUGGAAGAAAUAUGGAGACAAGCGUGUUAUUGACACACCAAUCACAGAGGCAGGGUUUGCAGGUAUCGCGGUGGGUGCAGCAUUCGCGGGACUCAAACCUGUCUGUGAAUUCAUGACCUUCAACUUUUCCAUGCAAGCUAUUGAUCAUGUGAUAAACUCAGCAGCGAAGACAUUCUACAUGUCAGCGGGUGCGGUGCCGGUGCCGAUUGUGUUCCGCGGACCCAACGGCGCGGCGGCGGGCGUGGCGGCGCAGCACUCGCAGUGCUUCGGUGCCUGGUACAGCCACUGUCCUGGAUUGAAAGUCCUCAUGCCAUACUCCUCCGAGGAUGCUAAAGGUCUUCUGAAGGCAGCGAUCAGAGACCCCGACCCGGUGGUGUUCCUGGAGGACGAGAUCCUGUAUGGAGUGCCGUUCGCGAUGUCUGAUGAGGCGCUGGCUGAUGACUUCGUGCUGCCCAUUGGCAAGGCGAAGGUGGAGCGUGAGGGACAACAUAUAACUGUGGUGUGUGCGGGCAAGGCCACAGACACAGCGCUACAAGCAGCUAAUGAACUCGCCGGAGAAGGUAUCGAGUGCGAGGUGAUCAACUUGAGGUCACUGCGGCCGCUGGACUUCGACACCAUCGCGCGGUCUGUCGCCAAAACUCAUCACAUCAUCACCGUGGAGCAAGGCUGGCCUCAGUCUGGUAUCGGUGCUGAGAUCUGUGCUCGUGUGAUGGAGUCUCCGUCGUUCUUCGAGCUGGAUGCCCCGGCGUGGCGAGUGUCGGGGGCGGAUGUCCCGAUGCCGUACGCGCGCUCGCUGGAGACACUCGCACUACCUCGCCCGCCAGAUGUCGCUGCUGCAGUGCGCGCUGUACUUGCCAACAGGAUAACUCAGGGAGCUCAACAAUAAACUAGUGAAUUUGUAGUAAAUAUAUAGCGCGGGGUACUUCAUUAUUUGUAAAUAUUUAUAUUACAUCCCUGUAUAAUUUAUUCCCGGUCCUCGGCCGCCAUUGCGAACAAUCAAAUCAAUGUAUAUGUGAAUGGAAAGCAUUUUGUUGAAAUAAAUCUAAUAGAAGUUAA